CGAAAGCUCAUCACCCAUCCACCCCUGAGAAUGCGAUCUCCACGCCACUCGAACUCGAGUCUUCUCAUCACUUCUCCACUGUCUCUCAUUCAAUCUACUGCCUUGCGACAUCUCCCUUGUCUUAACGGGAAGCGCUAUCUUUCCGUACGUUUCGCCGACGACGACGCUGUAUUGGAUGCGCUGAGAGCACCUCCCAGACCCGCGUUUGCCACCCACUUCACAUCUACCUCCCCUUCUCGCAGCUCGACGAUGCCCACUGCCAAGGAUAAGGGCAAGGCCCGCGCCGCCCCGCCCACCGAGCGCUCCCCACUUCUUGGUGACCCCUCCUCAUCUUCGUCCUCCUCUCUGCCUCCCGCAUGUGUUCAGGCUCCACCCCGACCUCGUCGUUUGGGGGUUUACGUCGCCUUGCUAGCACUUCUCGCAAGUGUGGGUUUCAUCGCCAUCCUCGCCGCCUCUUUCGUACCUUCCGAGCGUGAGAUCCAAGACCUCCCCGACAGCUUCAAGUACGGUACUCCCACGCUCCACAUUCAGAAUGUCAGUGACGAGGGCGUGCGCGUCAACGUCACACUCUCAGGUGGGCUGGACAUCGAUUCCGCUCUCGCUCUGGAUGGUCGCCGCGGAAGUAGUUGGUGGCAGGGCCUCAGGCGCGGCGCCGCACACGCCGUGCCCCUCCCGGACACCGUGCGAGUCACUAUUCCGCAGCUACAGGUAUACCCGCGCGGCGGCGGUUUGCCCUUACUCAACAUCACGUUCCCGGGCGACAUCCUUGUGCCCCUCGUGCGCGGGGAUGAACUUCGCCCGCUCUCUGUGGAGGCGGUUGGGGCACCGAUAGCGUCGGUCGGUGAGAUCUGGGGUUGGGUCCAGAAGGCAUGGGCUGCUGGCGACGCCGAGGUGAUCUUGGGUGUGCCGGAGGCUCAGGCCCGACUUCUAGGCUUCACAUUCACUCAAGCGGACCUUGCCUUUCCCAUCAAGUUCGACGUGCCGGCGCUCCCCAAUUUUCCUCAGCCUGGCAAGAAGCUCGACCUAAGUAAACUCGUGACAUUGCACAACUACACCUUCACCAACAGGGACGGACUUCGUAUCAUCGCUCUGGCGGCGUUGCCCAACCCUGGAGUCGCCGACAUCCCGUUUCCCUUGCCCUUCGCGAUUGAGUACGAGGGCGCGCGUAUGGCUGAAGUCGUGGCAAACACCGCCAGCGUGUCAAAGGAGAGGAUCGAGCUGUCGCUCGAGGGCGACAUUAUGGCCACGAGCAGCUCUGAUGCGCUGGGUAAAUUCCUCCGGCGCUUCCUGCACGGCCAGGACUCUCCUAUCACUGUGCGCGGCCUUCACGACAUGCCACGGCGGUACAAAGGCCCCUCACCACCACAGUUCGUUCUCCAGACCCUCCCCAGCCUCUCUUUGAACCUCAAGUUCCCAGCGCCGCACCCUGCACCACAGAUUGUCCGGUCUGUCACAGUGGAGGGCAUGAAGCUUGGCGGCGGCGAUGCCAUAGAGGCCAGCGGCACCGUUGUCGCGCUUGUGCAGUUGCCCGACGGCCUCGAGGGUGUGGAUCUCAACGUCUCCGCUAUUCAACCGGAUGUCCUCAUCUACGAUGGUCCGGCCAUAUCCGAUGACCGGCCCGACCCCCGCAAUCCGCCGCAGGGAGCCUUCGCUCGCAUUCACCCAUCCCACUUCCUCCACUCCACGACGGUGCGCUCCGACGACCCCGCCACCCCCGACGCGCUGGUAGUGCGCGCGCCGUUUGAGAAUGUGCCCCUUGACGUGCUUGAGGGCCGGGAGAGCAUCUUCCGCGCCUUCGUGAGCAAAGUCAUCUUCAAGGGCGGCGCGAGCGCCGGCAUUGGCGGAGUGGUGGAUGUGCGUGCGGAUCUAGGGGUCGGCGAGGACAUCGAAAUCGGUGACUUGCCUGUCACUGGUGACUUCUGGGUUGGACGCUCCGCCAGAAUUGCGACCCUUCACAAUCUCGUUUGGUGAUCGCUUGUAAAGUGUAUAUAUGUACUAUGUAGAGUCUAUCGUACGCAUUGGCGCUUGGCACUGGGAGAGCCGCGCGCCGCGCCCCCCUA